GGACCUCAAGGUACGAGGCAGCCAGAAAGUAAUGCACCUGAGGUUUUAUGCCAAAUAUAGGCAUUUUCUCUUUUCAAGCUUCAACAAUUGUCAGAAUAGUUUGAUAUUAUCUUCGUCGCACUGCAGGCUGUCUUCUUGUAGUUUUCCAACAGUCUUCAGGACAAAUCGCACAGUGCUUAUGGAGCAAGUGGAACCCACGUUGUUGGCUGAACAGGAGGGUACAGCCUCGGACAUUACCGAAUUCACUAAAGAAAAAGUGUCAAGGACAGAAAAUAAGCAGUGCGAUUCGGGAAAACGCAAAAACGACGAGCCAGAGGAAACUGAGAGAAUAGGACGAGGGAAGAGGCGAAGAGGAGCGGGAGCAAAGAAAGUUUGCCCUGGAGAGAGGUACGUCCCUCCGCCGCAGAAACGCAACCCUGGAGUUAGCUUCAAUCAGGAACAUUUCAGUGAGACAACCUACUAUUUUGAAAACGGUCUUCGCAAAGUUCGUCCUUACUACCAUGAUUUCACAACAUACUGCAAAGGACGCUGGGUUGGCAAGACUCUCCUGGAGGUUUUCAAAAGUGAAUUCAGAGCUGAGUCCAUGGAGUACUACCAGAGAGCGGCCAAAGAGGGGCGCAUACGCCUGAACGGCACACCUGUGGACGACCUCUCCAUUGUGCUAAAAAACAAUGACCACAUGAGAAACACUGUGCACCGCCAUGAGCCUCCUGUGGUGGGGAAGCCUUUGAAAAUCUUGGCUGAUGAUGGUGAAGUCCUGGUGGUGGACAAACCCUCCUCCAUCCCGGUGCAUCCCUGUGGCCGCUUCCGACACAACACGGUCAUCUUCAUCCUGGGUAAAGAGCAGGGCGUCUCAGAGCUCCACACAGUGCAUCGACUGGACAGGCUCACCUCUGGAGUGCUGCUAUUUGCACGAAACCUAGAGACUUCAAAAAGGCUGGACCAACUAGUCAGAGACCGACAGCUUGUAAAGGAGUAUGUGUGCCGGGUGGAGGGGAAGUUUCCAGAAGGGCAGAUCACCUGUGAGGAGCCCAUUCUGGUGGUUUCCUUCAAAAUUGGCUUGUGUCGUGUGGAUCCUAAAGGUAAAGAAUGUCGCACUGUGUUUGAGAGGCUCAGCUUUAAUGGCAAAACAAGUGUGGUGCGCUGUUUACCACUUACUGGCCGCACCCAUCAGAUCAGAGUGCACCUACAGUACCUGGGCUUCCCCAUCCUCAAUGACCCCAUUUAUGGCUCCUCUGCCUGGGGUCCACACAGAGGUAAGGGAGGACUGCUGAACAGGACUAACGAGGAGCUCCUGCAGGCUCUGGUGGAAGAGCACCGGUCUCAGGAGAGUCUACACCUCUUGGACCUACCCGAGGAUGCCAUCAGGGAGGCUGAAGAAAUUAAAACUAAAAAUAUCUGUAAAGAUGGUACAGAUGCAACAGAUUCCAGCAUUAAGGACAAUUAUUCAAGCAGUGAGAACCCUGUCAAAGGCUCUGAUGCCGAGUUUUCAGCUCCCAGCGCGAUUGCAACGAACAGUGAACUGGACCACCUAUGCAGUGAAUGCAAGCUUGUACGAGCUGACCCCACAGAGAAGGAGCUCAUUAUGUAUUUGCAUGCCUUACGCUACAAAGGUCCUGAGUUUGAAUAUUCAACACAUUUACCAGAGUGGGCAGAAGAGGACUGGAAAGAGACUCUUUAAGGCCCACUCCUGUCAUCAAAACUUUAUUUUGCAGUUUGGAUGAAACAUUUAGUUUUUCAUGCAUACAUCAUAUAAAUUAUUGUUUUUGGAGUGAUGGCUGCAUUUCUUGAAAUAGCAAAAUUGUAUAGUUAGUACUGUCAGACCUGGAUAAAUAAUGAAGAAGGAUGACAAAGAAAUGCCUGUAAUCCUUCAGUCGUCCAAAUCAAUAGGGCUACUUCCUGUCAGAACUGAGGAAUCUUUCUGGAUGAGCGUCCAAUUGACAGAAUUUAAUUUAAUUUUCUUUUGCUGUGUUAUGUGUUAAAUACAAAAUAAUUGUAUGUACUUGGUCUCCCUAAAAGUGAUGAUAUCAGAUUGCAUUUACAAAAGUUAUACAACUUGUUCAUUAUUCUUUUAAAAGAAAUUGUUUUAGAUCAUGUUUAUGCAUUAGUCUUGGACAUGUAUACAUCAGUGGAAUGGUAAUCUCCAAGAUGGCAUGUGUAUUCAAAGAAAAAUUGUAAUUCUGAAUAGGUGGAGAAAGGUUUUAACAAAAUCAUCUAAAUGAGACAUUUUGUGCUGUUAAGAUUAGAUGUGCCUUCUCUUUUAGUACCGUUUUUCCUGUCUUUUACAGGCAGAUAUGCUUUCUGUUAUUGAACUCCAUUUAUGACAAAGAGGUAGAGACAACUAUUGAUAAGUUAAAAUCUUGACUUAAGCACUUGAUACCGCAAAUAUUCUGUAAGUGGUUGCAUGUGAUAUGAACGUACAGCAGUAUUUUAACCCUGGUUUAAAAAUGCACUAUUUUAAUACAAAAAUAUAUAAUUGCAUUUUAGUUGAAUUGAGGCCAUUUCAGAAAGGGAAUUAUAUUCAUUCUGCUUAUGCCCUAUUAAAUUAUUGUAUUACUUUGUA